AUGAAUGGUACUACAUUUUUUGAAUGGUUCGUUAAAAUUAUACCGUUACUUAAAGAUAAGGCAGUCAUUGUAAUGGACAAUGCAUCAUACCAUUCUGUAAGAAAAGAUCCAACUCCAGUGAGGUCGUGGAAAAAACAGGAAAUUAUAGACUGGCUAGAAAGUAAAGGCGAGGUCGUUAUACAACCAAUAGUAAAGGCGGUAUUGUUAGAAAAAGUAAAAAAAAUCAAAUCGGAACACGAAAAAUAUGUAAUCGACGAGUACGCGAAAGAAAAUGACAAAAUCGUUUUAAGAUUGCCUCCAUACCACUGCGAGCUGAACCCAAUAGAGCUCGCGUGGUCAUCCGUUAAACAUUAUGUCCGGUCGCUUAACAAUACAUUUAAAAUAAAAGACGUACAAGAAUUGUUAAAACAAGGUGUAGAACACGUAACACCAGAAAUGUGGGCCAAUUUUGUUAAACACGUCAUAAAGGAAGAAGAUAAAUUUUGGAAAAUCGACUUCAUCACAGAUGAAAUAUUGGAUGAAGAACCUGAAGGAGAACAACACAUCUUAACAAUAGGAACAGGUGAUACCAGUGGUUCUGAUUUAGACUCUGAAUGA